GGUUACCAAAAAUAUUGUAUUUCACCAUAGAUAUUAUUCAUAUCUGGUCAGUGCAGAAAUCUAACCGGUUAAAAUGAGUGGUUGUUUAUUAUUUCAGUACUCUUUUGCUGUUUUCUUGAUUUUACAAGGAGCAGUAGAUUGUGACAUACCAUGUGCUGCCCGGAAGUUUGACCAAGAUUCUGUCGUCUGCGUUUGCAAUGCAACAUACUGUGAUACAUUCGAAAACACGGUACCAACUCCGGGACCGGCAAAUCCAUACGCUUACUGGUAUGCAACGGUAACAACCAGAGAUGGCCUCCGGCUUAGCAGACAAUCCGGGUCGUUCGGCGACCACCCAACACACGAUAAAUACGUGUUCACUAUUGGAAAUACGACUGCACAGUCAAUUCUCGGAUUCGGCGGUGCUUUCACAGACGCUGCAACAAUGAAUAUGAACAAAUUGUCAGCAAAGGCUCGGGAUAAACUUAUAGAAGCAUACUUCGCGGAAACUGGAAUUGAAUAUAACUUGGGACGUAUUCCGAUGGCCAGUUGCGACUUUUCUGAACGACUCUAUUCAUACGAUGAUUCAGUUGGAGAUCUAAAACUUGAGAAGUUUAAUCUUACUGAAGAGGACUUAAUUUACAAAAUCCCGGCGAUUAAGGACGCAAUGAGGGUAAGCAGACGAAAAUUAUCGUUGUUUGGAAGCCCUUGGAGUUCACCGUUCUGGAUGAAAACUAAUAAUAAUAUGACCGGGAAAGGGAAGAUAAAAGGGGCACCUGGGGGCGUUUAUCAUAAGACUUGGGCGAACUAUUUCGUAAAAUUCCUCCAAUCGUACAAGGACCACGGAAUAGACAUUUGGGGCCUCACAGCGCAAAAUGAGCCAACUGACGGGAAUUUCAAGGAUUUUCCAUUCCAAUGUCUUGGCUGGACACCUGAACUUCAGAGGGAUUUCAUAGCCAAAGAUCUUGGACCUGCUCUUGAAGCUAGUGGUUUUGGUCACGUGAAACUCAUGAUUCUUGAUGAUCAAAGAGCGUCCUUGCCAUACUGGGCUGAAAUUGUUUUAAAUGACACGAAGGCUGCAAAGUAUGUAUCGGGAAUAGCCGUGCAUUGGUUUGAGGAUUUGUUCGUUCCUCCGACUGCUCUUGACCUUACAUACGAACAGUUUGGAGAAAAGUUUUUCAUUCUUAACACAGAAGCAGACGAAAAAGACUGGUUAAAUAAGAAUAAAACAGUUUUACUCGGAAAUUGGCAUCGUGGUGAACAUUAUUUCACAGAUAUUAUACAAGACUUAAAGCAUGGAGUCUCUGGCUGGGUGGACUGGAAUAUGGCCCUAGACAUGCAGGGAGGACCUAAUUUAGUAGAAAACUGGGCCGACAGUGCCAUCAUUGUCAAUGCAGAAAAAGACGAGUUCUAUAAGCAGCCUAUGUUUUAUGCCAUGGCACACUUCAGCAAAUUUGUCCCAGCAGGAUCGAAAGUGAUUUCGCACGAAAAUAAUACUAGCGAAGAAUCAGGUGUCGACGGAGUGUUCUUUCUACAAGGCGAGACGUCCAUGAUUGCAAACUUCGUGAAUACAAACGAAAAAGGACGGGAUAUAACCAUUAUAGACCCAACUAUGGUGGGAAAUAUUGACUUCCAUAUACCUGCAAAAAGUUUCGUAACUUUCAACUGGUUUCGAGAAUGAUCAAUACAUUGUAGUUUUUUUUUUUUGUUUCAGAGAACGGCAACAAUGUGAAGUUUUGCGUGUUUAAAAAUAUCCGAUCCAUUUAGCUGAUUAAACACGUCAUGGCCUUUUUGUAUACCA